UUCCACCGGGUGCCUAAUCCCUUCCUCUUCGAAAAAUAAAACCCCAACUAGCGCUCAAGAUUACAGAGAUCGUAAUUGGACAUAGGUUAGGGUUUCGAAGGAUGUGCUCGUCGACGAUUCAGUUCUCGCUCUUGCAAUCACUAUCUCGCCCCUCCUCGCCAUUUUCACCCAACCUUGAACCUAAACUCUCUACUUCCUCGGUGAGCUUCCCACUGAAGAUGAAGUCGUCGAGAAUUUGCAGUAAAAGUAUGGUUCUGAGAGUUAAGGCUUCAAAUAAUCAGCCGUUCGAUUCCUCUGCAGAGUUCACACCGCCCAGUGGCAAUCUGCCCAAAACCAGGAGGGAUAUUUUGCUGGAGUAUGUUCAGAAUGUGAAACCCGAGUUUAUGGAGUUGUUCGUUAAACGCGCGCCUAAACAUGUGGUUGAUGCAAUGCGACAUACUGUGACUAAUAUGAUUGGAACGCUACCUCCCCAGUUUUUCGCCGUUACAGUCACCUCUGUUGCUGAAAACCUUGCACAGUUGAUGAUGAGCGUAUUGAUGACCGGAUAUAUGUUCAGAAACGCUCAAUAUCGUCUUGAAUUGCAACAAAGUUUAGAGCAGGUUGCUCUUCCUGAGCCACGUGAUAAACGGGGGGAUGAUCAAGACUAUGCACCUGGAACUCAAAAGAAUGUAUCAGGGGAGGUGAUCAGAUGGAAUAACAUUUCUGGUCCCGAGAAAAUUGAUGCGAAAAAGUAUAUCGAGCUUCUGGAAGCAGAGAUCGAAGAACUCAACCGUCAAGUAGGGAGAAAAUCUGCGAAUGAGCAGAACGAAAUUUUGGAGUAUCUAAAAUCUCUCGAGCCUCAAAAUCUUAAGGAGCUUACAAGCACUGCAGGCGAAGAUGUUGCUGUGGCUAUGAAUACAUUUAUCAAGCGGCUUCUAGCUGUGUCGGACACAGAUCCAAAGCAAAUGAAGACGAAUGUGACAGAGACCAGCGCAGCGGACCUUGCAAAAUUGCUGUAUUGGCUAAUGGUGGUUGGUUAUAGCAUUCGCAAUAUCGAGGUCCGGUUUGAUAUGGAACGUGUGCUUGGUACUCAUGCGAAGCUCGCAGAGUUGCCUCCUGGUGAAAUUAUUUGAAAACCCGGAGCUUUUUCUUUUUUUUUCCAAAAGAACACAGAUUUCUGAUUGUUAUUUUCGAAUUUAUCAAACUUAAUUUUCGGAUUACAACUGUGUGACAUCGGUUUGUCGAUGAUUAAAAGAAAUUGAUUUGGUUAUUUAUGCUUCUAAAAUACUUACCUUUUUGGUUAUAAAUCAUUGAUUAUGUAAAAUUAAAUGUAUUUAGCUGGA